AUGUGGGCAGUCUUUACUAGGUUUGGCCGCCCACCCGACUUUGUCACCCUGGUGCGCGCCCUGCAUGACGGAAUGGUGGGGAGAGUAUGCCAACAGAAAUACCUCUCGGACCCAUUCCCCAUUACUGGUGGCCUGAAGCAGGGGUGUGUUCUGGCACCAACGUGUUUCUCUCUCUACACAGCAGCAAUGCUAAAUGAGAUACCACCAGACACACCCUCAAUUGACCUCCGUUACAGCUUGGAUGGAGGAGUUUUCAACCUCGUUCGACUUCGUUCCAGAUCCAAGACUACCAUAUGUUCGGUACGGGAUCUGCAGUACGCUGACGACAAUGCCACCCCAGGUCAGACUGCAGAGGACCUCCAGGCAUUAGCGGACGCAUACAACACGGUCUAUGAACGAUUCGAAAUGCUCUCUCUCUCUGGAUCAGCCUCGCCUCGCCUAUCUACUAUCUGCUUCACAAUCGACUAUUUUAAUCUAUCUUUCUUUUUCUUUAUGACUCUUUCUUUCUUUCUUUCUUUCUUUCUUUCUUUCUUUCAGGCCUCCUCGCUGGCCACUCAUACGUAA